CGGGGCGGCCCCUUGUCCAGCCACCCCCACUGCCCAGUCCCGCUCCCGGCCGCGGCGGCCGCAGCAGCCGCAGCAGUAGCGGCUCCAGGAUGGUGAGCACCGCUGCCCCCCAGCCCCGGCCUGUCGCCCCCGGCCCGUGCCCCAGUCCCGGGGCCGGACGACCCCCCAGGCCGCGCACACUCACCUAGGACCCGGCCGGGAUGCCGAGCUCUGUCGAAGAUGCACUGGACACCGGAACACGCCCAGCCCCUCAACCAGUGGCCAGAGCAGCACCUGGACGUUUCCUCCACCACCCCGUCGCCGGCCCACAAGUUGGAGCUGCCCCCUGGGGGUCGACAGCGCUGCCACUAUGCUUGGGCACACGACGACAUCUCUGCCCUCACUGCCUCCAACCUCCUCAAGCGCUACGCAGAGAAAUACUCAGGGGUCCUGGACUCGCCCUACGAGCGCCCCACCCUGGGCAGCUACGGCGAUGCCGCCUUUCUCAACGGCGCCAAGGGGGACCCCGAGCCCUGGCCAGGGCCGGAGCCACACUACCCCUUGGCCUCACUCCACGAGGGCCUCCCGGGGACCAAGUCAGGCAGUGGGGGCGGUUCCGGGGGCCUCGGGGGCUCCCCGGUGUUAGCCGGGAACCUGCCUGAACCCCUCUACGCCGGCAAUGCGUGCGGGGGCCCGUCGGCGGCGUCCGAGUACGGGGCGGGCUACGGCGGGGGGUAUCUGGGCCCCGGUUACUGCGCGCAGACCGGCACCGCGCUGCCCCCGCCGCCCCCAGCCGCGCUGCUGCAGCCCCCGCCUCCGCCGGGCUACGGCCCCUCCGGGCCUCUGUACAACUACCCCGCGGGGGGCUACGCCGCACAGCCGGCUACGGAGCUCUACCACCGCCCCCCGGCCCCGCCGCCGACCCCCUACCUGCCCUCCAGCCUGGCGGCGCCCACGCCCCUGCCCGCGCCCGCCCCGCCCCGGCCCGCACCCACCUCCUACAGCUUCCAGGCUGCCGCUCCGGGCGCGGAGGCCGGGGUGUCGCUGAAGCGCAAGGCCGCCGACGAGGGCGCAGAGGGCCGCUACCGCAAGUACGUGUACGAGCCCGCCAAGGCCGACGGCGCCUCCUACACCUCCGCGGACAACGGCGAGUGUCGAGGCAACGGGUUCCGGGCGAAGCCGGCGGGAGCCGAUGAGGCGUCGGGCAAGUACGCUGGCGGCGUCCCCCAGGUUCUGGGCUCCUCGGUCUACGGCUCGCAACUCGAACCCUUUGAAAAGUUCCCGGAGCGCGCCCCGGCGCCGGCUCAACGCGGGGCCUUCGCUGUGCCGUCGGGGGAGCCUCCCAAAGGUGUGGACCCGGGGGCCCUGGAGCUGGUGACAAGCAAGAUGCUGGACUGCGGGCCCCCGGUGCAGUGGGCGGACGUGGCGGGCCAGGGCCCGCUCAAGGCGGCGCUGGAGGAGGAGCUGGUGUGGCCCCUGCUGAGGCCGCCCGCCUACCCGGGCAGCCCGCACCCGCCGCGGACCGUGCUGCUCUUCGGGCCGCGGGGCGCCGGCAAGGCGCUGCUGGGCCGCUGCCUGGCUACGCAGCUGGGCGCCACGCUGCUGCGUCUGCGCGGAGCCACGCUGGCCGCUCCAGGCCCCGCCGAGGGCGCGCGCCUCCUCCAGGCAGCCUUCGCCGCUGCGCGCUGCCGCCCGCCCGCCGUGCUCCUCAUCAGCGAGCUGGACGCGCUACUGUCGGCCCGGGACGACGGUGCCGCCGCCGCCGGCGCCCUGCAAGCCACCGCUCUGGCUUGUCUAGACGGCGGCUGCGGGGCGGGAGCUGACGGCGUGCUGGUCAUAGGCACCACCUCACGGCCCGCGGUCCUGGAUGAGGCCACCCGCCGGCGCUUCUCUCUCCGCUUCUACGUGGCGCUGCCCGACGGCCCGGCUCGCGGGCAGAUCCUGCAGCGGGCGCUGGCCCAGCAGGGCUGCGUGCUGAGCGAGCGGGAGUUGGCGGCUGUGCAGGGCACCCAGGGCUUCUCCGGGGGUGAAUUGGACUUGUGCCAGCAGGCAGCAGCCGGGGCGGGCCUCCCGGGGCUGCAGCGCCCCCUUUCCUACAAGGACUUGGAGGCGGCGCUGACCAAGGUGGGCCCCAGGGCCUCCCCCAAGGACCUGGACUCGUACGUGGAGUGGGACAAAAUGUACGGCAGCGGACACUGACGGCGCACCGGGAGGCCGCGGAGCGGCCGCCCCUCCCUCCCUGCCCCCUCCUUUUGGGAGGGUUGUCUUUAACCCACCGGACUGGGAGGGUGCCGUGAUGAAUGUGGAGUGGGAGAGGGGACGGGGCUGUCGGGGAUUUUUUUUUUUUUCGUGGGAAGGAAGAUGCUUCUGCUAGGCAGAUAGAUGCCAUAUGCGCUGUGUACUCAGGUUUUCCCUAUUUAUUGUGGACGGGAAGCUCGCCAUCUCCGCUCCGCUAGGACGGGCCGACCCGGUAUGGGCUGGCACCCGGGGCCUAAGGAACUCCUGCUCUCUCGCCACAAUCCUUUUGUCUCCUCGCUAUCUGAAUGGCUCCCCUCCUCCUCCACGCCCCCUCCUCUUCCUCUGCAUUCGCUUAGUUUUCUCUCCCGGUUGCUUUGUCAGUGCCCCCACCCCUCCAUCAUGCCUCUGUUUCUCUUUUGCUCCUCCCUCUCGCUUCCAUCUAUCACUCUCUAUGCUUCUGUCUCCAUCCCUUGCUCUCCAGCCUCUCUGAGUCUCUUGGUCCCUCUCCUUGCCUUCUGUCCCUCUCUUUCAAAGACUGCAGUGUCCCUUUGCAGGAGAUCUGGAGGUCCAGGGACUGAGGAGAAGUGGGUAGGGAGUUCCUUCCCACCCCAUUACCCUUCACCCAGCUGAAACCUUGGGUCUGGGCGGGGAGGGUGUUCAAGCAAAAACAAAAACAAAAACAAAAAAACAAAACAAAAAAACAAAAACAAAAAAACCCCCCAAAAAACCCAAAGAAGGGUUUGUUGUUGUUUGUUUUCGAGGGGAAAGUCCCAGAAAUGUAGCUUGUUUAAUAUUUAGGCCUCUUAUUUUUUAAGAUGUGUAGAACUUGCUGUUUUCUUUUUAUUUGACAACUCAGGAAGAAACUGACCUCAGAAAGAAUGUUAGACUUUGGCUACUCUCUUGUGUGUUCCCCUCCCUCCCCCAACCUUACCCCCAAGGGAGCACAUUCUCCCAGAAGACUCAGAAAGUGAGACUUGUGGGGAAGGGGAAGGGAGGACCCAGAGCCACACUGAGACCCCUGCUCUUCCUAGGGCAGAGCGGAAUGUAUUUGUAGGGCUUCCUCCCCACGUCCAAGGUUGAGGCCAGGGUGUGGGGGAGUGGGUUGUGGGAUUUGAGAGCAGGUAGGUCUCAUUCCCUUUCUGCUGCUCUCCCCACUGGGCCCCGUUCUCAGUAUUUUCUAGGAAGGGUUAACCAGGCUUGGGAUGCCCUUGCCCACUUCCUACCCCAGGCACAAGAAAUAGUCUGAAAGGGCCCAAAUGCAAAGGUGACCUAGGCAGAAAGUCCCCAGAGAGGUCAUCUCACCUCGCCCUGGUCCAGGCAGAGAUCUCCUAUAACUUAGGCUAAAAGGAUACCCUCUUGAUGGAAGACAGGCUGGCCACAAGUCUGGUUGGGCACAAAAAUGAUUAUAGACUCAACCUUUCCCAUCUGCUGGGAGGCCCUGAGGAGGGGUGAGUAUCCCUUAACAGGAGAAGGUUCUGUGGGGAAGUAUGCCUCUCCCAUUUUCCUGGGGUCCUAGGUCUGGAGCUGCAGGGGUUGUGAGAAGCGAGGAGAUGGGCAGGCAGCUUCCCCCUGACAUUGGUGUUUUAUUCUUAGUCCUGCCCACACUUUCCACCAGAAGCCCAGGCUUGAUGUGCUUUUUUCGGAGAACCAUAUUCCCUUCCCACCAACUUCUCUUGAUGGGGCUGCAGCAUUGUGUCCCCUCCCCCUCAGGGAGCCCAUUUCACAACGCUGACCUUUGGUCCAAAGUUGGGGGGAACAAGCCCUCACCCCUACCUCUUCUCUCGCCCACCCCAGCCUCCCUUCCUGUUCUCUGCCCACCCUUACAGCUUCCGCAUCUCUGUACCGCCUCCCACUCCCAGCUGGAAGGGUGCCCACAGGGAACAUAUCCGGUGCCAAGGUGCUGAGGGCCUGUACUGGCCUAGCAGUGUUACCAGGAAAGCUGCUCUGUUUUCCCCCUUUUCACCCUUGUCUCUUUCUGGUCCUCCUCUCCUUGGGGCUGGCUGACUGCAGAACUUUGGUGCCUCAGAAGCAGUAGACUGGGCCACAGGGUUUUGGUUGUGAAAGGCCCUGGGAAGGAGCAAGGAGUGAGGAGGUUCUCUCAGGUGUGUGUUUAUAUAU